GACCCUCCUCUCUAAAAUCAAACAUCUCUCCCUCUCCUUCUGUUCUCUCACUGAUCAGUCAUCCAUGGGCAAUGCAAUAUCACCUUGCUUGCAUCCCAACUCAAGCUCGAAGUCACAGUCUCUGAAGCUAAUCUUCUGGGAAGGAACCACGAGGACGUUGACCGGAAACCGCCCCCGCGUAGCCGGCGAUAUCAUGUUCGAGUGUCCCAACAUGAUGGUCUUGCACGCAGACUCGUUCUUCCUCAGCCGCCCAAUCCCAUUGCUCGCCGUAGACGACGAGCUCAUCCCCGGUCAAACCUACUUUGUUCUUCCGAUCGACUUCUUCUCCGGUGACACCCUAUCUUCCUCCACCAUUGCAUCCCUUUGCUCGAACCCUGGAAAACUGUCCCUCGUGAGCUUCGGCGAUAGCAACGGUCCUUUCCAGUACGUGAAAGGUGAAGACGGGAAGGUCUUGAUUAAGGUUGUCCCAGAGUUCAUCACGAGGUUGAUCGUCGCCAAGAACAAUAAGGACAGUAUUGCAUGCGGUAAUGUCGACGUGGCUGGGAGUCGCGGUUUUCUUUGUAGCACACCAGAGUUGCAAAAGCAUUACGAUCGGUUGGUAGGGUCUAAAGUGCAAGUUUGGUCGCCAAACUUGGAGACUAUAUCGGAGUACAAAACUAGGGCUUUGCCUUGCAAACUUGUAAGGUUGCAGUGGAAGAAGAAAGAAAGGGUUUAAUUUACAAGUUCUUUUAUUUUUUGUUCCUUUUUGACAAUAUGAUUAUAGUUUCCUGAUGUUAUUGAAGAAAAUGGAAGAGCAUAGAUAGCUAGUAGUUGCUACUGAAAACAGUCAUGUUAACCAAGUUUUUGUCACUUCUAAUUUGCCUCUCAAUUGUACAAAAGAGGAGGGAAACAGCUGUUGAUCUAGAAAUAUUUGACGGACUGUUUAAUUUUCAGAAUUCAAUGAACCUCAUCUCUUUUUUGGAUUCA